UAGAAAGAAAAAAAAAAACAAAAACAAAAAUAAUAAAAUAUCAGUUAUCAUCCUUAUUGAAACCUAAAUUAAAUUCGAUCCGAGACGGAAAAAAGCUCGACGAGUCGGCGGCGGAGUAAAACAGUCGGAGGAGCUAUGGCGAUGCAAACCGGAAUCGGCUUAUCAAGGAUCUUUCUCUUAGCCGGAGCAGGUUAUACCGGUACGAUCAUGAUGAAGAACGGUAAAUUAUCUGAUAUAUUGGGUGAAUUGCAGUCUCUGGUGAAGGGUAUGGAGAGAUCUGGAGAGGAAGGAGACUCUGAUGUCUCCGAUGCUAUAGCUGCACAGGUUCGUCGGUUGGCUAUGGAGGUUCGACAGCUAGCUUCGGCACGGCAGAUAACGGUUAUGAAUGGAGUUUCUGGUGCGAACUUGCAAGCACUUGCUGUUCCUGCUGCGGCAUUGGGAGCUUUAGGAUACGGUUAUAUGUGGUGGAAGGGACUCUCGUUCACUGACCUUAUGUAUGUGACGAAAGCCAACAUGGCUACUGCCGUGGCUAACUUGACUAAGAAUCUGGAGCAAGUUUCAGCGACCCUUGCGGCUGCAAAAAGGCAUUUAACGCAAAAGAUUCAGAAUAUGGAUGAUAAGGUAGAGAAGCAGAUUGAUCUCUCCAAGGAAAUCAAGAACCAGGUCACCUUGGCUCGUGGAGAUAUCAACUUGCUUGAGAAUGAGUUGCAGUCAUUGAAUGAUUUGAUUAGUGGUCUGGAUGGGAAGUUGGACACGCUGGAAUACAAGCAGGAUGUCACAAAUGUUUGCAUGCUACACUUGUAUAACUAUUUUGGAGGCAAGAGCACUAAACUGCCUGACAUGGAGCAGCUUCAACUGCCUGUAAACCAGAAAGCUCGUAAUUUGCUUGGAGAUGUUGGAACUAAGGGGCUGAAAAACUUUGCUGAACAACUGCUUAUAAGCAAUGACACAGAGGGAGGAGCAACCACGGUGAGAAGAAUUGGUAUAACCAGGGCCAAUGACAAGUCGGGGCCGCUGUUAUCAAGGGUUGCUUCAGCUGGGUGUUGAUGUGGAAGUUUCCUGAUGGUGGUUGGCUUGCGGGAUGUAUAUAAACAACAAAACUCUUAUACUAAAUUGUCUCGUGAGCUCACGGUAGAAAGGCUCUCUUAUAUUUAUAUUCGUUUGCUUGGUUUACCUCUCCUUCCGCUAAACUAUAUUGGGUUUGUACUUUGGGAAUGUAUUAUCUUGAACUUUUUGUUUAUUGACAUGGACAUGUGUUGGUGUCCGCUUUUUGGACUUUUGAAGCAAAUAAAAUAAAGUUGAUGUGGGGGAUUAUGCACC